GGAUCCAUUUUUUCCAACGGCAGCCACUGAUCCCCUAUUAACACCGUCCUUGUUUGGCAACGUGAGCUGCACGUUCGACGGACAGGAUUUCUGUGGUUGGAUCAGUAACGAUACCGAACCGACCGUGUGGAGCAUUGCGCCGUCUUUUCCAACCGGCAAUUUAGUAGCCAUACUCACUUGUUCCCAAGUGCAAGGGGUAUUUGUCGCCGCUUACUUGAUUAGUCCGGUUAUUUUCUGCGAAGAAGGCUGCCAUUUUCAGCUGCGGUACAGAGCUUCCGAAGGAAAAGUAGUUCAACUGAAGCUAGCUUUGGUUUCUAACGCAACUCUCUCAUCGGUCGGAUUAUGGAACAGUGAACUUAACGAAUUUCCCAACUGGGAAACCGUUACGGUGAAUCUAUCGGACACCGAAUCGGCAUUGUGGAUGAUCCUGGAAGUGCGAAUUUUCGAAGAUAACUCAUUCAUCGAGAUGGACGAUUUCCAGCUAUACGACAACAACCUCGAUACCCUCUUGACCGACGAUAGUAAUCUCGAUAAAUCAGAGCAUUCAGCAACUGUUUACGGGAAUGUUUUGGGUGCAUUCGGCUUACUUUUUAUAUUAGCCGGGGUGGUCUGGUACAGCCGAUGGCAUUCAAAGCUGGAAUAUUACACGCGGAUAUCUUUUUGCGAUGUUCCAUUGUCUCUGCUUAAGGAAUUCGAACUACCUGCUAACUUACUAACCUUACUAGAUAAACCACUGGACGCCGUGGACAGUGGUAUGGAUAGCCGCUUUUGUCGCGUGGGACUUGCACGCGUCACAGCAGCCUAUCCGAAACGAUCACUGGAUGCCCACACACAGGUAGCGGUUAAAUUUCUGAUGGACAAACAUACACGAGACGACGAGCGGUGUUUCUUGGCGGAAAUGGCUACCUUCAUGCGGGCGGGCCGACACGACAACACUGUCAGUUUGGUUGGAGUGAUACUCAAAGGUCGUCCGAUGAUUGUAAUGGAGUACUGUGCAAAUGGAUGCCUACUGAAUUAUUUACACGACAAAAUCAAUUAUGCGCACAUCAAAGCAAACAACCCAACUGCAGACGAAGCUGAGUUCCAAAAUGAGCUGAGAAGUUUAUUAUGGACAAUAUACCAAGUGGCUAAAGGGAUGGAGUUCCUGUCCGGUCGUAAUAUCCUCCACCGUGAUUUAGCCGCUCGCAAUGUAUUACUGGACGAUAAUGCCAACGCAAAAAUCAGUGAUUUCGGCUUAGCCAGAGCGCACAGCGAAUACAUUCUACAACGUUCCAACGUAAAGUUGCCAUUGGGCUGGAUGGCCCCGGAAACACUCAUCUCCAUGGAAGGGCGCUACACUGAAAAGAGCGAUGUGUGGUCGUUUGGUGUUGUCGUCUGGGAGAGCUUUACGUUCGGCCAGCUGCCAUACACGGAUACGGAACACUUUCCCGAUGGACUAGAGAACCAGCUAGGCGUACUGCUCCAAUUCCUUCAAGAUGGCAAGCGGUUGACACUGCCGACUAUUUGCCCACGCUGGAUGUCGACAUUGGUGGCUGAAUGCUGGAAAUGGGAGUCCGUGGAGCGACCGGCUUUUAAGGACAUUGUGGUGGCCAUGCAUGCCUGCAUGGCGGAAUUAUAAUUGCUUGUGCAUUUUCAACAGCAUUAGAAUGAGGUCAAAACAAAAAUAUUUACACAGGCGGUGAUAAUUUCAAGGAAGUGACAAUGACUGU